CCAUCGUGGCCCCGCCCAUAGCCCCGCCCCUAACAGGACUCCUCUUAUACACCAAGCUAAGCGGCUAUUUGCAUACUUUGCUAACACUGCGAUUGCUGUGGUUGCCUCAACAACAACAAAAAACAACAAAAGAUGGGAGUGGUAACAAUAAAAGUGGAAUACUGUGGCAACUGAGGCUACGGGCCCCGCUAUCAGGAGCUCGCCCGGGUUGUCAAGGCCGAGUUUCCUGAUGCGGAGGUGUCGGGCUUUGUGGGGAGGAGAGCCAGCUUUGAGAUUGUCAUCAACGGGCAGCUGAUUUUCUCCAAAUUGGAGCUCGGAGGAUUCCCCUACGAGGAUGAUGUGUUGGGCACCAUCCAGAAAGCGUACGACGGCCACUCCUUGCAGAAGAUCACCAAGAGCCGCGCGCCCUGCGUCAUCAUGUAGCCGCGACGGAGUAGUCCGCAGCGGAGAACCGGUGCAACUGGACGCGCUGCUCUGCGAUCACGUGAGACGGGAUGCUACGAGGUUAUCACUACACUCUUACCUCCACGAGACGUCUCUUCUUCUGCUGCCGGCUCCUCUCUAAGCUCUUAACGCCGGAGCUCCAGGCUGCUUAUGACUAGUGCAGGCACAAAGAUUAACGGCUGCGCUAUGAUGAAUUCACGCCCGGAUAUCCUGUUUUGCGUUAAGCGCGGCGACGAGGACAGGCAGCGAAGUCCAAGUGGCUCAUUUUUGUUUUUGCAUUCAUCUCGUGCACUUCUAUUUUGUUGAAUGCAAGGUCAGUAAAAGCUUAAAGCGGAUGUUUCAGUCACAUUAAUAUGCAUUUUUGUAAUAACGGUUUUUCAGAUACUGUGCAUGAACUUGCGCAGCUGCGAUGCAAAUAAUUUCUAGAUAUACAACAACAGGCUUUGCGAAUUAUUUACUUCAGAAUUUGGGUGUAAUAACUGUCAAUGAGAGUAAAUUGCAAUGCAGUACUUGGAUGCAACCAUCAGAGGUGCUGUUGAGCUUGACCACAAUAGGAUUUUCAUUUAAAGUAAACAAUUUCUUUGAUUUUAUCUUAUGAAACGCCCGUCUUUUCACUUUUUGUGUUUUACCAACACAACUACAUGAUUCCCGUGUUCCAAAUUCCCAAGCAGCAUCACCACCAGGAGCGCUCCUGGUGAUCAUAAGGCACUUUUCACCAAUUUACUUUAAUUUACUGUCCCAAUGCUGAUGUUGUUUUUUAAAAUAAAGUCAGCCCUUUCAAGUUC